AGCUGCAGGUCUGCUGGUGAAAAGCGUCCACAUUCACACAGGGAUAACAAGCAGGUCUACACAGGACGGACACAGCGCUGUAUGUUCAUACAGUACAGUUUCUCCCCACGGAAGGACGUCUAAAGAGGCUACAAAAGGAUUGCCUUCUGUUUCUGCAGCUACUCUGCACCCUCAAGGAUGACAUGCUCGUGAUGCCGGUCUGGAAGUGCCUUCUAGAGGCCCACCUUGGCAGCUAGAAGAGAGGUUGGCCUUCGUCACCAUGACAGCGUUGCCACGGGACGUGACUUCCCUGGCUGUGUCUGGCCUUUUCUUCUGUUUCCUUGUACUCUGCGUCCCUGCUGUGCUAUCCCAGAGGCUCCUUGUUCCUACUGAGCCUGUCCCAACUCCAGCACCGCAGAGCAGACCAGAGUGUACUCGCCGAGAACACCCCAUCAUCCCCAUUCAAGCACUCAGCCCGUGGAUCUCCACUUUCUCCCACCCUGGUGUACGAGACUACUCCCAGCUCACACUUGACCUCACCAGGAAUGAACUGAUAGUAGGAGCAAGAAACUACCUCUUCCGCCUGAACCUAAGCAACAUAUCACUAAUACAGGCGACGGAAUGGGGCCCAGACGAAGACACCAGGAGGUCCUGUCAAAGCAAAGGGAAGACGGAGGCAGAGUGUCAGAACUACAUUCGAGUGCUACUGGUCAACAAGACAGAGGUGAUGACCUGCGGCACCAACGCCUUCCAGCCUCUUUGCAUCACAAGAGAGGUGGGCAAUAUGAGCAGUGUGCUGGAGCGAGUGAAUGGAGUGGCACGCUGCCCCUAUGACCCCCGCCAUAACUCCACAGCAGUGGUGACAGAAAGUGGAGAGCUGUACGCUGCCACGGUCAUCGACUUCUCCGGCAGGGACCCGGUCAUUUACCGCAGCCUGGGAAGAAUGCCACCACUCAGGACCGCCCAGUACAACUCCAAAUGGCUCAAUGAGCCUCAGUUUAUCUCAGCCUAUGACAUUGGGCUUUUCACCUUCUUCUUCCUGAGGGAGAACGCGGUGGAGCACGACUGUGGGAAGACGGUAUACUCGCGCGUGGCCCGCGUGUGUAAGAAUGACAUUGGUGGCCGCUUCUUGCUGGAGGACACGUGGACCACUUUCACCAAAGCCCGGCUCAAUUGCUCUCGCUCUGGAGAGAUUCCCUUUUACUACAACGAGCUCCAGAGCACCUUCUACCUGCCUGAGCAGGACCUCAUCUACGGCAUCUUCACAACCAAUGUAAACAGUAUUGCUGCCUCUGCAGUUUGCGCAUACAACCUCAGUGCCAUCACGCGUGCGUUCAACGGGCCAUUCCGCUCCCAGGAGAACCCGCGCUCCACCUGGCUGCCCACCCCAAACCCCAUCCCUAACUUUCAGUGUGGCACUAUUGAAGAUGAAGGGCCCAACGAGGGCCUCACUGAGCGAAGCCUGCAGGAUGCCCAGCGGCUCUACCUCAUGAAUGACGUUGUCCAGCCCGUGUCUGUGGACCCACUAGUGUGGCAGGACAGCGUGCGCUUCUCCAAGCUGGUGGUGGACAUCGUGCAGGGCCUGGACACUCUGCAUCAUGUCAUGUACAUCGGCACAGAGUAUGGGACCAUUCUCAAGGCUUUAGCCACCACCAAUAAGAGUCUGCAAGGUUGUUAUUUGGAGGAGAUGCAGCUCCACCCCCCUGGUGUAAGGGAGCCAAUCCUGAGUCUCCAGAUUCUCCAUGGCGACAGGACUCUUUUUGUUGGCCUGAAUGAUCGGGUGCUAAAAAUUCCACUGGCUAGGUGCUCCAGCUACAAAACAGAACAGAUGUGUUUAGAUGCCAGAGACCCAUACUGUGGCUGGGACAAGAAGCAACGUCGCUGCACCACCAUUGAGGACAGCUCCAACAUGAGCCAGUGGUUUCAGAACAUCACGGCCUGCCCGCUGCGAAACCAAACCUCGGAUGGUGCCUACGGUCCCUGGGCCCCGUGGCAACCUUGCAGCCAUGACGAUGGCGACGGCAUCAGUGCUUGCUUGUGUCGUUCAAGGGCAUGUGACAGCCCUCCUCCCAGGUGUGGGGGCAAAAACUGUGAGGGUCCUACAAUUGAAGUGGCCAACUGCUCAAGGAAUGGGGGCUGGACACCAUGGUCAUCAUGGGGCCAGUGCAGUACCAGCUGUGAGAUUGGCUUUGAGGUGCGCCAGCGAUCCUGCAACAACCCCUCGCCCAGACACGGCGGCCGAGUGUGUGUGGGCCAAGCCAGAGAGCAGAGACUCUGUAAUGAGAAGGUGUCAUGUCCUCAGCCCAUUUUCUGGUCCUUGUGGUCACCCUGGUCCAAGUGCAGUGCUGAGUGUGGAGGAGGAGUGCACUCUCGCUCCAGGAACUGUGAGAAUGGAAACAGCUGUCCAGGCUGCGCACUGGAAUAUCAGACCUGUAAUCUAGAGUCCUGUCCUGAGGUGAGGAGGAACACGCCAUGGACUCCGUGGGUGCCAGUGAACGUGACACAGGGCGGAGCACGACAGGAGCAGAGGGUGCGUUACAUCUGCCGGGCACAGCUGGCUGACCCGCACGAACUGCAGCUGGGCAAACGCAAGGUGGAGACACGCUUCUGCCCCAAUGACGGGACAGUCACCUGCGAAACGGACUCUUUAGUGGAUGAGCUGUUGAGGACGCCCGGAGUGAGGCUGACCGGCUCCGGGUGGUCAUCGUGGGAGACGUGGUCAGCGUGCAGUCAGGACUGUGCUAAAGGCUACCGCACACGCAAACGCACCUGCACCAACAGCGACGGCAAGAGCACACCCACCGCCUGCAGGGGGUCUCCUGUAGAGUACCAGGACUGCAACCCACAGCCGUGCCCAGUGAAAGGUGCCUGGUCUUGCUGGUCUCCAUGGUCGCAGUGUUCAGUGCCCUGUGGCGGAGGGCACUACCAGCGGACGCGCAGCUGCACCAACCCUGCCCCCGCCCACCGAGGGGACAUCUGCAUCGGCCUGCAUACAGAGGAGGCGCUGUGCAACACACACGCCUGCCAGGGUGGCUGGAUGGCCUGGACUGUGUGGUCUGCGUGUGACGACACGGGUCUGCAGCUACGCACUCGAGAGUGUGGCACUCAGGGCUUGACUCCAUGUAUAGGGAAUAGCACUCAGACCAGAGACUGUAACGAAAUCCCAGUGAUUCUGCCUGCAUCUGGCUAUGAUAAGGACCAGCAGUGUGGGGGUUUCACUCUGCUGCACCUGAUAGCCACAGGUGUGUCGUGUUUCCUGGGUGCGGGGCUGUUGUCCUUCCUGGUGUACGUGUACUGCCAACGCUUCCACAAACCCUCGCAGGAGUCUGCUGUCAUCCACCCUACCACUCCUAACCACCUCAACUACAAGGGGAACACCACGCCAAAGAACGAGAAGUACACACCUAUGGAGUUUAAGACGCUGAACAAGAACAACCUCCUGCCAGACGAAAGAACCAACUUCUUCCCUUCGCCGCUCCAACAGACGAACGUCUAUACCACCACGUACUACCCCACAGCCCUGGGUAAAUAUGACUACCGGCCCGACUCCUCCCCCUCGCCCUGCAGAACCUACAACCACAGCUGAGACUUUUGUCUGCAGCUCAAUGGCCAUGGGGAGAACUGACACUCUGAAGCUUUUUUUUCCCAAACUCUUACUAUGAGCAUCUCCCAUGCUCCCUCAGCACCCGAUGAGCAGAGGUGCUCUUCUGGAACAUUCCGCCUGACCCCUUGCACUGGGAGGAUCUGAGCAUGUUGUUGAAAUCAUGAUUAACAGUUUCUGAUGGAAAAAGGGCCAAGUACAAGGACCAAGUACAGCAUUUCAUGUGGUACUCUUUCCCAAGGAAUGCCUAAGAUUGUGUAGCUACACUGAUGUCAAUGUGAACUCAAAUCACCACCUUUCUCUGUGGAACUCUUAACUGAAGAGAGUUUCGGAUGUGGGGAAAUGACACAGGCUUCUCUUUAGGAUGAUACCCAGCUCUUUAGCUUCUCACAUCUUAUUCCAACUGCAGCAGUUACAAGACUCUACACUUGGAAACUAUUGUGUCCUUGUUACUGCGCCAAGAAAAUGGACAAAAAGAAACAUGGUUAAAGAAAGGGAUCGAUGCUUAACCUAUUAGGUCUGCUUUUAUUGAGCAAGCUUGUGUUAUCACUGGACGCAAAUGUAACAAGACCCAAGAAGUUCCUCGUACAAGCCGGAGGAAUAGAGCUCUCAGAAGACAAGCUACAGCUAAAGCAGUAAUGCACUGUUAUUGAGAUAUGCAGAACCUGAAACCAUAUACUAUAUGGGCAACACUGAACCUAAUUGGUUAGACAAAGUCUGCAAGCAAGCUACCAUAAAAAAGCAGAGGAUACAGCCCAAAUGUGACUCUGUAGAGUUUGGAGGAGGAGCAAUAGGAAUGCCAUUGAUGCCUGUGUGCUAUAGAGUCCACUACAACCCUCCACUAUACUCUGUUGUCAGCUCUCGGAUGGAGUAUGUUUGGAUCUCAUAUGAACAUGUUCUACUGAAUACUGUACGCCUUGGUGGUUGUAUCAAAUAUGACGAGCUUGGACCAAGGUGGACUAUAUUUUAAUAUGAAACAUUGUAGAAUAUACUGAUAGCUUGGCACUUGUUUUUUUAAAGAAUAUUUUAAAGAGGGACUUAUUUGACAGUUGUUUUGAAAUGAAGUAGGCUAGAUGGAUGUUAGGGUUUUAUUUAAAGUAAAGAAUUCAAGGAGUGAUGGGGGUGUACUGAUCGUGGUCAUUUUUCCUCAUAUUUAGAUACAUAUUUUCUACUGUUUAGAGCAGUUAUAUUAUUAAUCAUCAUUAUUUUCAAAAUAUGGGGUAAGUUAUACAUCAUUAACUAUCAAAUAUUCAUGAAUCGUCCUUACAGCGGCAAAUCAAAGGUUCCCAGUCUUAAUCAGAAAUAACAAAGCUUUUUUUCCACAGUAAUUUGACUGUGUGUGUGCGUGUGUCUGUGUGUGUGUGUUAAAAUAAGAAAGAACAGGAUCAUAUUUUGUACAACAGAAAAAUAACUGAUGGGAUCAUAAAAAAGGGAAUGCACAUUUUUUCCAUUCUUAUAUUUAUCCCGUCAAGGUUGUAUUCAGCACCUGAUGCACUGUUCUGUGCUCCAUAUUCCAUGCACAAACAUCAUCACAGAGUGAAAAGGAUAUGGCGAUUCUCACUGAGGUAUGAUAUUAUUUAUAGUAAGCUUGGUUUGUAAAGGGCAUUGAAGAACUAAGCUAUUUUUAUUAUGCUUGUCAAAUGAAUGCUGUCAGUGGUGCUUUUUAGUUAAGCUCAGCACGAGUGCUUGAUUUGUACACAGGUAAUGCCCCACUAUGACACAUAAAGGUUAGUGUAAUGUACAUGUAUAUUGUAAAGCUAACACUGUUUGUUUUUUAAAGCCUUAUAGUUGUAAAAUAAUAUGUGCAGCAGCUGUGUAUAUACCAACUUUAGGGACAGUGUGGGGAUGGAGCUUGUCAUUGAGUCUAGUGCUUCUCCUCUGUAGCAGCAGAAGAGCCAAACUUUUCCAGCAUUAUGCUAUAUCAGUGAAAGACUUGAUCUAAACUCAUUUAAAAUGAUAUUCCUGGUGGAAUCGGAUGCUAAACAUCAGUGUGGUGAUGUAUUUUGGACAUUUUAAACAAGUACUGUCCAAAAGUCAGAGACCUUCAUUUAUUUAAUUUACAGUCAAAACAGCCAUUAAAUACUCAAGUUACUCAUUUUUAAGGAGAUAUUUCUGAGGAGAUUAGAUAUAAGAUAAUCCACUUGCAUAAGAAAGAUGAAAGUCAAAUAAAAAAACACAAGGUUCCAAAAAAUUAAUAAAAGAUAUAAAGAAAAUUGGACUCCUAAUAACUGUCUAAGACCUGGUAGACUAUCAAAACUGUCACUAUCAGAUAAACAGUACUUAAAGCUUUCAUCUUUGAGAGAAAGGAGAAAAUCAAGCUCCACAGCUGUUUCUGUCUAUCCUUCCACUGUGAGAAGACGACUGAACACUAUGAGUAUGAAAGGAUGUGUAGCUGUCAAGAAGCCCUUACUGACAAAAGAAAAUGACAACAAGCAGACAAAAGAAAUCUGAUGUUCUCAAAACAAUGGACUGACCACCCCAGAGUCCAGACCUCAACAUCAUUAAGUGUAUGUGAUGAGUUGGAUCAUGAGAUGCUGAAAAUGCAACCAACUUUUAAGACUGAACUUUGUUGUGUAAUGGCUGUUUUGACUGGAAAUUAAUUAUAAGAUUUGCAUGGUACUGUACAUCAUGUCUUACCUGUAUAAAAUUAAAUGUUGAACACACACUAUUGUCUAAAGGUUUGUAGACACCCGCUCAUCUAUUUUUUCUGCUGAAAACAAGGGUAUUUAUAGAUUUUGUCCCUCUAGAGCAUCCUAUUCUAUUAGCACUGCUCUUCUCUAGAGAUUGUACAAGCUGUUUGUGCAAUUUAAUGCCUGUGUCAGCAAUGAGUGCAUCUCAAAGUAGCUGAUUUCACUAAUUAGAAGAGUAUCUGGAUACUUUUGGACAUGUAAUGUAUGAUAAUGUAAUGGCAUUUAUACAUUCAUACCUAAUUAUCCACCUAUUGUGAUGGUAUUGUAUUACCAAGUGCCUGCUGCAAUUACUGAAAAAGAUCCCCAAUCUACUAAAUCCUAUAAAAGUCAACUACAGUGUUAUUUUGCGGAUGCAUAACAAGGCCUGGAGUGCUCUGUGAUUUCAAUUUAACACCUCCGCUGUGAGGCUCAGCAGCAUAUCUCAUUUACCAAGGCAUGGUAUUUACCUUCCUGUUUAACAAGACGAAAUUAGCGGCCUCACUAUUUCUGUUCGGAGUAUGACAACCAUUCCCCUACAAGCUAAAUAUGAAAGAACACAACCCGCUUAUCCAGAGCUCCCUGAAGCGUAGAAAAUCCCUCUUGUCUGUCCUGUAUGUCAGAUCUGUUUAGACAUGUUUGCUGAGAGUGGCCGUUUCUUAUUAUUCCCACCCUGCCCCAAGGAGUUCUGCCGUUGGACAGAGAAUGAGCCAGAUGACGAAAUGAGUCGCUCCAUCCCCGCAAGGCUUGGUGCCCUUCUAUGCAACUGACCUGGUGGUACUGUUAGAUAUGUGAUGUAGACUGUAAUCACUGCCUUUUAGACACUGUGAAUUUUUUGGUACUCUAUAUUUUUGUAUAUUGUACAUUGUAAAAGAUAAUAAACCAUGAUGCCAACUCAGA